ACCGCGGCGCCGGAAGGAGCCCCUAGCUGCUUGAAUUUCCCGGCUAAAGCAGGGGAUUUGCGAGCGGCCAUGGAGCCGUCUCAGCCGGACGCUGCCAACGACGACUUAAUGGACUCUUUCCUGGAGAAGUUCCAGAGCCACCCUUACCGCGGCGGCUUCCACGAGGACCAGUGGGAGGAGGAAUUUGACAGGAUUCCCCUAUUUAUGAAGAAAGCACCAUCAGAAAUUGAUCCUAAGGAGAAUCCUGACUUGGCUUGCCUCCAGUCAAUUAUUUUUGAUGAGGAGCGAUCUCCAGAAGAGCAAGCCAAGACCUAUAAAGAUGAGGGCAAUGACUACUUUAAAGAGAAAGACUAUAAGAAAGCUGUGGUUUCAUAUACUGAAGGAUUAAAGAAGAAGUGUGCAGAUCCUGAUUUGAAUGCUGUCCUUUAUACCAACAGGGCAGCAGCACAGUACUAUCUGGGCAAUUUUCGUUCUGCUCUCAAUGAUGUGAUGGCUGCCAGAAAGCUAAAACCCGGUCACCUCAAAGCCAUAGUUAGAGGUGCCCUGUGCCAUCUGGAACUGAAACACUUUGCUGAGGCUGUGAAAUGGUGUGAUGAGGGGCUGCAAAUAGAUGCCAAGGAGAAGAAACUUCUGGAGACAAGGGCCAAAGCAGACAAGCUGAAGCGAACUGAAGAGAGGGAUGUAAGGAAAGCAAAGUUGAAAGAAAAGAAGGAGCAGAAUCAGAAUGAGGCUUUACUCCAGGCCAUCAAGGCUAGGAACAUUAGGCUCAUCUCUGAAGCUGCUGGUGAGGAUGAAGAUUCAGCCUCAGAUGGUCUAGGUGAGAUUUUCCUGGACGGGCUUAGCUUGGAGAACCCCUAUGGAGCCCGGCUGAGUCUAGAUGACAAGGGCAGGCUGAGUUGGCCUGUACUCUUUCUAUAUCCAGAGUACGCCCAAUCCGACUUCAUUUCUGCUUUUCACGAGGACUCCAGGUUUAUUGACCAUCUGAUGGUGAUGUUCAGUGAAACACCCUCUUGGGACUUGGAGCAAAAAUACUACCCUGAUAAUUUGGAGGUCUACUUUGAGGAUGAGGACAGGGCAGAACUCUACCAGGUGCCCCCCUCAAGCACCCUGCUACAGGCAGUGCAGCACCCCAGGUACUUUGUAAAAGCCCUGACACCUGCAUUUCUGAUCUGUGUAGGAUCCUCACCUUUUUGCAGGAAUUAUCUCCGGGAGAGAAAGGUGCACAGGUAAAGUGUCAAGCAGGCUGCAUAAGCCAGGCCUCCGGAUCUCUUCCCUCACCUUCCUCUGCUGGAAUCUUGUACACUUGAAUCUGCUGGAUAUACACGUCAAGUCUGGCACUUUUUUCCGGUCCCUCUGGGGACAGUACUUUCUAGCCUAGUGCUGGAGGAGCUUCUGUGACUCUGAACUGUGGUCUCUGACCAAGUAUGGACACCAGCUGGUCAUCACUUUCCUCAGUGGAUUCUCAGCUCUGCCUUGGUCACCAUGUCCUUGGCGUUACUUUCUGAAGGGACUUUCUGCAGUUCCCACAGCAACUGGCUCUGGUAAUUCACUGGCCAGUAGUGACUGACUCAGGAUCUGGUGACAUGGUUCUGCACCUUUAUGGCCUUGGGCACCAUAGAGAAGACAUCCCUCUGUGGCACUAAACCAACUUUGCCUAGAAUUUUAAGUCUGAGAGACUCUGGCCUCCAUUUAUUUCACCAGCACUGAUGGGAGCUGGAAGAGGGUGCUGUGAAUAACUGUGGGGUGAAUGGGGUCAGGAAAGCCACACCGUGUUUCUGCAUUUACAAAGACUGUAUCAACUGGGAUCCUUGGUGCCCCUCAAAAGUUUGCCAGUUUCUUUAAUCUUUGCAGUGUGAGAACUGUGACAAACUUGGUCAGUGACCCAAUUUCCUCCUCAACUCUUGGGCUCAAAUUAUGCUCCCACCUCAGCCUUGUGAAUGUCAGGAUUGCAGGCGAGCACCACCGCAUCUGGCUACGAUUUUAUGCCUUUUCCACUGGAAAAUACUUUUGAAUGCUGGGUCACUGUCAUAAGUUGUAUUUUUGUUUCAGGUAUUUGUUCCCUGCUUCUAGAGAUUUUUUUGUAUUCUUACCUAUAGCUGUGUGACUUCCCGAAGUGCCCAUCCCAUCCUGGGGGAGCAUACUUCCUGCUGCCCGUGCAGAGUGAUGUAAGCACAUGUGACAGCCUGUUCUGACAGAAGCCUGAGGAGCUAGGGUGGGUGGUAGGUUACAUGGCAGGCUUAUGCUCUUUGCCUCUGCCAUGAGAUCCCCUUUCCCAAGUAGGGGCUGUCCCUUCAGCCUAGGUACCAGUAUGGUAAGACAUGCAGCAGAAUGGAAGCAGCUGGCCUGCAGCCAUUGAUUGUAACACUAAUGGCAAGUGUUGUAAUAGCACUGAGAUUUGAGGGUUGUUACUGUAGCAAAGCUGAAGACACAGCUGCUGUCCUUGAUUGGGCUGAUCUGGGGUUUGUGUUGUAUAUUUCCUUGUUUCUGGGGAGUACUUCCAAAGACCCAUGCAGUUUUCCUUCCGGGGGCUCUACUUGAGCAAUUCUCUUACUCCCCAGGUACAGACUUCCCAUCUGUCUCCCUUCAUAAGACCCAGAGCUUUGUGUCAGCAACAACCCCAGCAGGCACUGCCUGGUUCCCUGUAGCAGCCAUUACUAGCCAUCUUCCUGUCACGGGACAAAGCAGGCUCCCCUGUGCCUUCCCACUUAUCUCUAGUUAGGGAGGACUCCCUCUCAGGCACUAUGACACGGAGAUGAAGCACUGGAUACGAGCAGGUUGAACACUGACAAGCACCUGACAAGGGUUCUUCUGUGACCUUCAUCCUCAUACCCAGCCCUUUUCCUAAGGCAGGUGGGUUGUUAGCCAGCUUCUAUUCUGCUUUCCAGUCCCAGCCCCUACUGUCAACUGGAUGGGCAGGGCAAGGGCUGGGGUGGGGGAGGAGAAAGAGCUUAGAAUGACAGCUGUUAGACCUGAGGUGAGAUCCUGGUGUCUGCUGCUUUGCAGCCUGAGGAUUGUGGACUGCUGCUUGAAACCUACUUGGUCUGUGAAAUGAUGCUGACACCUGCUGAUCCAUGCACUUCUGUGCACAGGUACCCAGCCAUGCCUGGCAUGGACUUACUGCACAGCUUUUCACUUAAGCACACUGUGAUAAGGGGUGAUCUAUACAGACUGUAUCCUUGGGCUAGUGAUUCACAACCAGGGCUAGUUUUGCCCUUGGUAGACAUCACAGCUUGGUAGGUGCCACUGGUAUCAAGUGGGUUAAGGCCAAGGAUGCCUCUAGAUAUCCUGCAGUGCAUGGGUUGGCCCCCCACAGUAAGGAGUUAUCUACCCUAAAUUGUCAGUGCUGAAGGGGGAGAUGCUGCACUAAACCAAAAAGAUAAAAUAAGGCUCUUUAAAAAAAAAAACAAAACUUUUUUUGAUGGUACUGGGGUUUGAACUCAACAGGUGUUUUACCAC